AUGUCAGAGGCUAAAACUGAAACACAUGAAUUCACAGCUGAGAUUUCUCAGUUGAUGUCGUUGAUCAUCAACACUGUUUAUUCUAAUAAGGAAAUCUUUUUAAGAGAAUUGAUCUCUAAUGCCUCAGAUGCCUUGGACAAGAUUAGGUAUCAAGCAUUGAGCGAUCCUUCUUUAUUGGAAUCUGAACCAAAAUUGUUUAUUAGAAUCACUCCACACAAGGAACAAAAAGUUUUGGAAAUUAGAGAUUCCGGUAUUGGUAUGACAAAGGCCGAUUUGGUUAAUAAUUUGGGUACCAUUGCUAAAUCAGGUACCAAAUCCUUUAUGGAAGCUUUAAGUGCCGGUGCAGACGUUUCGAUGAUUGGUCAAUUUGGUGUUGGUUUCUAUUCCCUUUUCUUGGUUGCUGAUCAUGUACAGGUUAUUUCUAAGCACAAUGAUGACGAGCAGUACAUUUGGGAAUCCAAUGCUGGUGGUAAAUUCACCGUUACCUUGGACGAAAAGAAUGAAAGAUUGGGCCGUGGUACCAUGUUGCGUUUGUUCUUGAAGGAUGAUCAAUUGGAAUACUUGGAAGAAAAGAGAAUUAAAGAAGUUGUUAAAAAACACUCGGAAUUUGUUGCUUAUCCAAUUGAGUUGGUUGUAACAAAGGAAGUUGAAAAGGAAGUACCAGUAGAGGAGGAGGAAGAAGAGGGAAAAGAAGCACCAAAAGAGGAAAGUGGCGAAGAUAAUGACAAGAAACCUAAAUUGGAAGAAGUUAAAGACGAAGGUGAUGAUGAGAAGAAGGAGAAAAAGACCAAAAAAAUUAAAGAAGAAGUUACUGAAACUGAAGAGUUGAAUAAGACUAAGCCAUUAUGGACAAGAAACCCUAAAGAGAUUACUCAAGAAGAAUAUAAUGCAUUUUACAAGUCAAUCUCAAAUGACUGGGAAGAUCCAUUAGCCGUGAAACACUUUUCAGUUGAAGGUCAAUUGGAAUUUAGAGCUAUUUUGUUUGUACCAAAGAGAGCUCCAUUUGAUGCUUUUGAGUCAAAGAAGAAGAAGAACAAUAUCAAAUUGUAUGUCCGUCGUGUUUUCAUCACUGAUGAUGCCGAAGACUUGAUUCCAGAAUGGUUAAGUUUCAUCAAGGGUGUUGUUGAUUCUGAAGAUUUGCCAUUGAACUUGUCGAGAGAAAUGUUGCAGCAAAAUAAGAUUAUGAAAGUCAUCAAGAAGAAUAUUGUUAAGAAGAUGAUUGAAACAUUUCAAGAAAUUUCAGAAGAUCAAGAACAAUUUGAUAAAUUCUAUACUGCAUUCUCCAAGAAUAUCAAAUUGGGUAUUCAUGAAGAUACUCAAAACAGACAAGCUUUGGCUAAAUUGUUGAGAUACCAUUCUACAAAAUCAAGUGAAGAAGCUACUUCACUCACCGAUUACGUUACCAGAAUGCAGCCACACCAAAAGAAUAUCUACUACAUCACUGGUGAAUCAUUAAAGGCUGUUGAAAAAUCUCCAUUCUUGGAUGCUUUGAAAGCCAAAAACUUUGAAGUUUUGUUUAUGUGUGAUCCUAUUGAUGAGUAUGCCAUGACCCAAUUGAAGGAAUUUGAUGACAAGAAGUUAGUUGACAUUACCAAAGACUUUGAUUUGGAAGAAACCGAAGAAGAAAAGAAACAAAGAGAACAAGAAAAGAAAGAUUUCGAGCCAUUGACUAAAGCAGUGAAGGAUAUUUUGGGAGACCAAGUUGAAAAAGUUGUUAUUUCCGACAAACUAGUUGAUGCACCAGCAGCAAUCAGAACCGGCCAAUUUGGAUGGUCUGCUAAUAUGGAGAGGAUAAUGAAGGCACAGGCUUUAAGAGACACAACCAUGUCUUCAUACAUGUCCUCAAAGAAGACUUUUGAGCUUUCUCCAAAAUCGCCAAUCAUCAAAUCAUUAAAGAAGAAGGUUGAAGAAGAUGGUCCAGAAAACAAGACUGUUAAAGAUUUGACCACUUUGUUAUUUGACACAGCUUUGUUAACUUCAGGUUUCACAUUGGAAGAACCAUCCACUUUUGCUCAUAGAAUUAAUAGAUUAAUUGCUUUAGGUUUGAACAUUGAUGAUGAAGAGCCUGAAACUGCAAUUGAAACCAGCAUCAGCACCACUGCUGAUGAAAAGAAGGAUGAAGCCACAGAUGAGCCAGUUGCUGACUCUGCUAUGGAAGAGGUUGAUUAG